CAGUGUUGCGGUAAUUACGCGGUGUGACUUUAAGUGGAGCAUUUACAGUUAAAGAAAUCAACAGCGUGUUUUUCAGCCACUACGCGUGUGUGUGUGUGUGUAUUGUAAUCAGCUUAGUAAUCGUAAUCGUUAGGAAACUUUAUUGAGCAUGGCUUGUCCGUACGCUGGAAAUGGUUCAUUACAUGAUGACACUGCCACGCCUUUGGGUACCGAGAUAGGCAUGAUCUAUGGCGAGUAUCUGAUGCUGGACAAGGUUUUGAGUUCUCAACGUAUGCUGUCGGUGGUGGAUAACCGGCCCGUACAUGACGAGCAUCUCUUCAUCGUUACCCAUCAAGCAUACGAACUAUGGUUCAAGCAGAUCAUUUUCGAACUCGAUUCCAUACGUGAAAUGUUGAACAUAGAGGAUCUUGAGGAAUCGAAAACGUUGGAAAUUCUAAAACGCCUCAAUCGCAUUGUACUCAUACUCAAGCUGCUCGUUGAUCAAGUGCCCAUAUUGGAGACCAUGACACCGCUCGAUUUCAUGGAUUUUCGCACAUAUCUUGCGCCGGCUUCCGGUUUUCAGAGUUUACAAUUUCGUCUAAUUGAAAAUAAGCUGGGCGUCAAGUCCGAUCAGCGCGUUAAGUACAAUCAAAAAUACUCGGAGGCAUUCGGCAAUGAAUCGGCCGCAAUGGAUGCUAUACAAAAAUCAGAAAAUGAACCCUCCAUGUUGGAUUUAAUACAAAAAUGGCUGGAACGUACACCAGGACUGGAGACGGACGGCUUCAAUUUCUGGGCCAAAUUUCAAGCGAGUGCUGAGAAAUUCUUAGACCAGCAAGUGCAGACAGCAAUGCAAGAGCCCGUCGAAGCGGCACGCAACUAUCAUCUUAUGGACAUUGAGAAGCGACGCGAGGUCUAUCGCAGCAUCUUCGAUCGUGACGUGCACGAGGCAUUAGUGUCGCGUGGCGAUCGUCGCUUCAGCUAUAAAGCUCUGCAGGGUGCCAUUAUGAUCACCUUCUACCGCGACGAGCCACGCUUCAGCCAGCCGCAUCAGAUGUUAACACUGCUGAUGGACAUUGAUUCGCUAAUUACGAAGUGGCGAUACAAUCACGUGAUCAUGGUGCAACGCAUGAUUGGCUCACAGCAGCUGGGCACUGGUGGCUCUUCGGGUUACCAGUAUUUGCGCUCCACAUUGAGUGAUCGUUAUAAGGUGUUCUUGGAUUUGUUCAAUUUGUCGACGUUUUUGAUUCCACGCGAUGCCAUUCCGCCGCUUGAUGUCUCAAUGCGAAAGGAGUUGAUUAAUUGACAUUCGUUUAAUUUCUUUUUUGCUGCUUUUUAG